AUGGACCUACUAUUGAACAAAGGGAAGAAAGUCCAAGAUCAGGAUCAUGAAGAAGAAAAUGACCCUAUCCACCCACCCGAUUUUACGUCAAUUCAUGGGCAAUCUUUUGGUCCGCCCCCAUUCACCUCGGAGAAACCGCCGCAUGGCACGCCACCUUUUAUCCCGGCAGUGACAGGAAUAGGGAUUCCCUCAUCUGCAAUUGCGGGUGUAGGGACAAGAAAGACCGUGACGGAAUACUGUUGUGACGAGUUGGAAGAGCGGCUAAGGGCCAUAGAGGGGACUCGGACCGCCAGUACCGCCAGACCCUCAGACUACUGCCUAGUGCCUAAUGUAGUCCUUCCUCCAAAGUUUAAGAUGCCAGACUUCGAGAAGUUUGACGGGACCACAUGCCCUCAGACCCACCUCCGGAUGUAUUGUCAGUCGAUGGCCGCCUAUAUCGAUAAUGAAAAAUUGAUGCUAGAUGACAGGAUCUCUCUUUCUGAAAUGGAGAAAAAGCCAACAGAAACUUUCAGGGAGUAUGCACACCGUUGGAGAGACGCAGCCACUCAAGUGGACCCUCCGGUCAGCGACCGUGAGGCAAUAUCGAUGUUCGUAGGGACAUUAAAAGAUCCCUACCGUUCAUAUAUGGUAGGGUCCACCCCUCAUAACUUCAUGGACAUUGUGGCGGCAGGGGACAGAGUGGAAGCCGACGUCAAAGCUGGACGGAUAAAGACUGGCACUAUCGAUAACGGCCCAAGUAAGAAGUGGGUCAAAGGUAAAAAGGAAGAAGAGACCCAAAUGAUACAGGGGUCUAUCAGGAGCCUAAGGUAG